CUAGCUGCAACUGGAAACUGCAAACAGUUCACUUAGCGCAUUCAGCGAGAUGAGUUCUAAGCUUCGCAGCCUCUCAGUGGGAAUCAUUCUAAUUUUGCUGUCUAUUCAGCAAGCUGAGGCCUUCUUUUUCUUUCCACGCGGUGCCUCAAUAGGUUUUUUAGCUGCUGUGGCAAUUCCAUUGGAUCUGACGUAUCGCAAUGUUUAUAUGGCCUUCAAUUUUGAGUCGAACUACGGCCUGCCGUCGAAUAAUUCGUACCAUGAGUGGAUCGAUAGGUGGGAUCUGGACGAGAGUUUCCUCGGCGUCGGCAGCGAUGUAACGCCCAUAGAUGGACGCACCGCUGAUAACCUGGAGAAACGUUCGAUUGCGGCACCGCCCCGGUUUACACGUCACGACUUCUACAGAGCGAUUGUUAGCUAUUUGGGUCAGUAUGGCUACAAUGGCAGCGCCUGUUUGCUGCGCACCAUCUGCGAGGUGAGCGCCGCGCCGCUGGAUGCCCACAACGGCCUAUUGGGCAGCAUAUUCAAAAUUCUAUUCAUGCCAACAACUAGCGCCGCCGAGCAGCGACUCCAGCACGUGGACAGCCUCUAUGCGGCAUCGGAGCGCGGCACGCGCAAUCUAAACUGUGCCGAUUACGUGGCUGGCUGUGCACACAGUAUGCUGGACAUGAUAAGCGUUAUGCUCUAAAUCUGUAGAGUGUGCUCACAUAUGCACUCGGAGAAUG